AUGAGGAGAGCUGUCCUAAAAGAAGCCGUGAAACGGUUCCCCUGGCUCGCCAACGUCACUCUGUACGGGUGCUUGUUCGCAGGCGGAGACCUGGUCCACCAGCUCAUUGCGCAGGAGGAGCGCAUGGACUGGAAACACACUCGCGACGUGGCCAUCGUGGCCAUCAGUUUUCAUGGGAAUUUCAAUUACUUCUGGCUGCGGGCCCUGGAGAGGCGUUUCCCCGGGAAGUCCGCCGGGAUGGUGCUCCGAAAACUGCUGCUGGACCAAAGCUUCGCGUCGCCUUUGGCCACCAGUGUGUUCUACACAGGAGUGAGCUUCUUGGAGGGAAAGGAAGACAUAUUUGAAGACUGGAGGGAGAAGUUCUUCAACACCUGGAAGACUGGACUCAUGUACUGGCCGUUCAUGCAGCUCCUGAACUUUGUCCUGAUGCCGUUGUACAUGCGGACGGCCUUCAUGGGCUGCUGCGCUUUCCUCUGGGCCACCUUCCUGUGCUUCUCGCGGCAGAGCGGCGACGGCACCGCCGCCGUGGCCCUGGCCUUCGUCAUGGACCCCCGUAAGACCCUGGAGGAGAUACGAGAGGCACGGCUGGCUCGGAGAAAACAGAAGACCCAGCGGGAAAACUAGAUGGAGGAAGAGGAGGAGGAUGCUUCUGUCUUCCAG